UUGUUCUGUGUUGCCGGACAGAGAGCGUUUUCCAUGGAUGAUCGCAUCGCAUGGACACACGUGACGAUCCCAGAGAGUCUGCGAGAGGGAACCGUCGUGGAUGAAUGGUACAGCUUGAGCGGAAGGCAGGGUGAUGACAAAGAAGGCAUGAUUAAUCUUGUCAUGUCCUUUGCUUCAAUACCAGCAGGAAUGAUGAUGCAGCCGCAGCCUGUGGUUUUGAUGCCUACAGUUUAUCAACAGGGCGUUGGAUAUGUGCCCAUAGCAGGUGUCCCUGGUAUGUAUAACCAAGGUGUGGUGCCCAUGGGAAUGCCAGCCGUGCCUGCCGUCACGUCACAGAGCGCCCCCUGCGGUGAAGAAGACCUUAAAGCCCUUCAGGACAUGUUUCCCAACCUCGACAAGGAGGUGAUCCGCACCGUUUUGGAGGCCCAACAGGGCAACAAGGAUGCUGCCAUAAACUCCUUGCUACAGAUGGCCGAGGAGCUUUAACUGCAGAACUGCCAAUCAGCUAGCGCUUAAAUGUACCAACAAUGUAAAACUUUAUACCAAAAAGACCCUGUAAAUAUGCACACGAUCAACCCUUAACAGUAGCAAGUAAAUCUAACACACUUUUGAUUGUCUUUGUUAAAUCAGCAUUCGGGAAUGAAUGUUUCUGGGACGUUACAGAGAAUGUAAGAUGAUUUUUGCAAAGGAGCAAUUUGUCACAUGUCCGCUGAGGGCAGUAUACCAUAUCUGUAUUGUAGUGAUCCCAUGUCUUAAAGAUGUUUGAUAUAUUAUGCUUUUAUCUGUAUGAGUUUAGUUAAAUCGAUGUACAUGAAUAUAAUUUAUUUUGAAGAUUAUUAAAGAGAUAUCAGAGUAUAUCAGUAUUAAUGUCAUUAUUUUAAUGG